AUGGUCCAAAUGAAAAAAGAAAAAAGAAAAAAAAAAAUGAAAAAAUGAAAAAAAAUAGAACUGCCGUAUGCGCUAUAAAAGCGAAUUCCAGACCAUUCUCAUUGAGCGACGGAAAGUCCGACCAUUCUCAGAAAUGCGUGUCUGAUUGAUUGCCAGACAGCGCUGGAAGGAGGGGAUGGAGGAGGGGAGAAAAGGAGGGUGAGUGAGGAAGGAGAAGGUGGAUGUGCGUAGGUCUUGAGGCAAAAGGAGACAGGAAGAUGAUGAUGGGGUAGAAGACAACGGGCGGAUUAGAGGCGUAGUUAACAUGGAGUGUUGUGGGGUGACGUGGCAGCUCGUGGAGGGUGCCACGUGGGAAGUUUGAGGAGGCGCGCUGACGUGGGAAGCUCGAGGAGGUGGUGACGUGGGGAGAUCCUACAUCGCGGGAACGAGACGCGAGGGAGAGGUGUGGGGGGAAGACCGCGUGUAGCUGCAGGAGGGAAGAAAAUAAGCGGCAGGAAAAGUAAGUGGCGGGAAAAAUAAGUGGCGGGAAAAAUAAGUGGCGGGGAAAAGGACGGUCGAGAAUGGCGGCAACAACCGUGGAUGAUGUCGCUGUGGUAAGUGGAAUGGUUCAUAAGGCGCAUAUGGACUGCGAGGCAGCGCUUCGCACCGCCUCCACGGCUGGAACAGAACCAGGGGCGCUGUCAAUCGUCGUAUUGGGAGCGUCUGGGGACUUAGCGAAGAAGAAGACCUUUCCCGCCAUUUUUCACCUUUAUCGUCAGGGAUUUUUACCUGCUACAACACGAGUUUAUGGGUAUGCAAGGACGAAGCUGACUGAUGAAGUCCUUCACGCCAAAAUUAAGCCGUACCUUGGAGCUUCUCCUGACGAGGGGCCUUUGGUCGCAGAGUUUCUUAACAUGGUUAGCUACAUUUCAGGUCCAUAUGACAAACCUGAUGGUUUUGAAGUAUUGAAUAAAACUCUUACUCAGUUUGAGGACAAGGAAGGUGCCGUGGAUGGGUUGUGGCAAGGGAAUCGGUUGUUCUACAUGGCACUUCCGCCAAGCGUCUAUCCGACUGUUGCCACGAUGUUACGCUCCGUUUGCAUGUCUUCCACUGGCUGGACAAGGUUGGUUGUGGAGAAGCCCUUUGGAAAAGACUUGGACUCUGCAGAGGCUCUCAGUUCACAUUUGGGCGCACUCUUCACGGAAGAACAGCUCUAUAGAAUUGACCACUACCUUGGGAAGGAGCUUGUGCAGAAUCUGCUGGUUAUGCGGUUUGCGAAUCGGGUUUUCUUCCCACUGUGGAACCGAAGCCAUAUUGCUAGUGUACAGAUAACAUUCAAGGAGAAUUUCGGAACAGAGGGGCGCGGGGGAUACUUCGACGAAUAUGGGUAUGGUGCUCCCGUCGGCAUUGCGGCAGCAGCUGUUGCUCUUUCUAAUUCUCUCUGGUGUUACUUACUUGUCCAACGGUUUCCUUCUCCAAAUCGCUCGCAACCUGUAGCUGCAUGUUCGUAACAGAGAGAUUUUUCAAUCAUUUCGGAGUGCGCUGUGUUGCACUUAUUGUGCCUAUUUCUUUAUGUUGUCGUAUUAUAAUUCAGUAAUAUAAAUGUACUCUUUCAUGCCGCAUACAUGGUCUUCGUUUCAAACCACCGGUCACUCUGACCAUAUUUUUUGAGACCCAGAUUUCUACUGCACGCCAAAAAAGAUGUGAACCGGUCCACACGCCGAAUAUAUAGUUUCGCCGGGCAGUGCCAGCCUUUUCCUUGUGGUUGAAACGGUUUUCACCUUUUUGCAGUCACAGAUGCGGGCCCUAGAGUUCGAUCCCCAGAUCUC